AAAAAGGAAAAAAAAAAAAAAAAAAAACAACACAAACACACACAAACUGCAAAAUCACUUGAAAUCCUAUCAAAAGUUCCUAACAAAAUGGGGAAAAAGAAGAAAUUCAUAGACAAGAAAAAAGCAGCAACUUUCCAACUAAUCUCACGUGACUCCUCCGACCCAAAUUACUCAGAAGACCCAUCCGGCGACCGUGUUUUCAUUAGAGUUGACGGCAAUAGUUCAGAUAAACCCUUUUUCGACGACGACGAUAACGGAAUAUUCGAUGAUGCCGAUGAAGAUAAUGAAACGGUAACGGAAGGAAGGUUGCCGAGUGGUUCUUCGUUGCCUGAUGACGUAAGAAGAGAAAUAUUGGAGUUAGGGUUUCCAGAUGAUGGAUAUAAUUAUUUGUCACAUUUGAGGGAAAUUAGGCCUUCUGGUUCUUUCUAUCAGAAUCCUAAAGCGAGGCCUGAUCAGUUGCCUCGUGAUGUCAAGGCCUAUGAUGCAUCAAGAAUUGAGAUUUCUAAGGCAAAUGAUGAAGAGUCUUACAAGAAAUCAAUCUAUGGUGUUGCUAUGAAAACUGUUCCUGUUAGGAUUCAGAAAGCAAUUGAUCCUGAAGUGGCUGCAUUGCUAGAUGACAGCGACGAUUCACGUUUUGGAUCAGAUGUUGAGGACUUGGAAGAGGAUUUUGUUGUUAAUGCGAACCUUCCUGAUGAAUCAGAAGAUGUGGAACUUGAUAACAAGGUGACUUCCGUUGGAGGAUCGAUUGUGAAUAUCAAGGAAGAUGAAUGCGGUUCUUAUUACCCGCGAGCUACGAAUGUUACUAGUUCUGAAACUAUGGCUGGUGCAAGGCCUAGAGAACGUCGACCGUUGGAUGAACAGUUCGAUAUGCUUGAAAUUCAGGAAUAUGGUACGGAUAGUGAAGAUGAAUAUGAUCACGCUGCGUCAGAAGAUUACGAGUAUCAUGAAUCUCUUGCGGAAAAGGUAAGUCAAGUUCCACUGGAAUUGGAUGGAGAAUAUAAACUUCUGUCAAGUGAUAAAAAGAUAGAAGAGCCUGUUACACUAGAAACGGUUGUGGAUCUAAGACCCCGAUGCAUACAAUAUGCUGAACAAUAUGAAAAUGAGGAUGAAAAUGAUAAGGAAGAUGUGUUUCUAGAGGAAAGCAGUGAUGAAUCUGAAAAAUGGGAUUGCGAGACAAUCAUAACCACGUACUCAAAUCUUGAUAACCACCCUGCAAAGAUCUCUGCUCCAGGGGGGAGGAGGAAGAAGAAGUUGACUGAAACGGUUGACAAGGCUUUCAGUGCUCCUGCUCAUGUAAUUGCUCUUAAGGGCAAAGAAAAGCUUCCAGUCGAUUUUUUGCCACGUAGGACUACCGCUGCAGAGGUUGAGAAAGACAAGAUUAAACCGAAGAAUGUACAGCAGCCAAAGAAGAUUAUUGGUCAAGAAUCAAAGGAAGAAAAGAAAGAGCGAAAGGCUGCGGUGAAGGAGGAAAAACGAGAGGCACGACGUGCUAAAAAGGAUAUGAAGGGGUUAUACAAGAGUGAAUCUCAGCAAGCUCAGAAAGUUGCUGCCUUUACUGGCCCAUCUUCCAUUCAUCUUAUGUAAGCUGUUGACCGCCAAUGAGUUUUGUUAUUACUAGUUAGUAUUUGUGUGUACUCUUAGGAAUAUGAAUAUGAACAACGUGUGAGUUACAAACAGAAAUUGUAUCUGUUGACGAUGCAUUAAUAUGGUAUAAAUACUUUUUGUUUUACAUAAA